CUGUAGCCCAGGCUGGCCUCGAACUCAGAGAUCCACCUGCCUCUUCCUCCCGAGUGCUGGGACUAAAGGAGUGCCCCACCUCAGCCCGACUUCAUUUGGUUUCUUGCUGACAUUUAUCUCUCAAGCCAUUAAGCAUCUCUCUACCCAUCUCAGUCCAGGCCACUUGUGGAUUGAUUGGCCACGCCUAAACCGGUGGCAGGUACACAGGAGGCGUUCUUGAGCAGGCAUGGAAUGAGCGCCACCUGUGUACCCACCCUCUCUGGAGAACAGCAGUUAGCAAUGACCUGUCCGGUUUAUCCCGGCCCCCAAGGGCGGAAGGGAAGCAGGGGGCAGAUGGACCUGGCAGACAGGGCUUGGAAGGCUGUAAAGGCGUCGGUAGAGUUUGCCUGACACACACAAAGCCCUGGGUUCUCUGUGUCCCAGUCCCGCAGAAGCCAGGUGUGGUGAUCCACAUCUACCCCUGUCAUCCCAGGAGGCGGAGGCAGGAGGAUCAGGAGUUCAAGGUCGUCCUUAGAUGCAUAGGGACUGGGAGCCCAGGCUGGUCAAGGAGGUGCUCACAGCGCCGGCCAGGCAGCCUAGCGGACAGGCGCUGGGAUGGAGUCCCCUGCCUGCGCCAUGGGUGCCCUGGACAGCCUGGAGCUCCUGGAUCUCUUGUUUGACCGGCAGGACGGCAUCCUGAGGAAUGUGGAGCUGGCGGGGAGCUGGGCCCACGCCGGGGAGGAGCAGGUGAGGGAGAAGGUUCUGCCGAAUUCUGACUCCGACGACUUCCUAAAUUCCCUCCUGGGGCCCGGGGACUCCGACCCCAGCUCCCCGAUAUGGUCCCCGGCCGACAGCGACAGCGGCAUCUCGGAGGACCUGCCCUCGGACCCGCAGGACACCCCUCCCCGGGGCAGCCCCGGAGCCGCGACCCCCGCAGCCAGGGGUCACCCCGGCCAGCCUGGCAAGGGGCCCUGCGCCUCCUACCUGCCCCGCGCCCCGUGCCCCGCGCCUCCAAGGACACAAGUGCUGGAGUCCUCGGUGGCCAUCGACCUGGACAUGUGGGGCGCAGACGCCCUGUACCCGGAGGAGCAGGCUGGCUCGCCCUCCAGAUUCAACCUCACGGUGAAGGAACUGCUGCUGUCCGGCGGCGGCGGGGACUCGCAACAGCACCCCUUGGCCGCCUCCCAGCUGCUGGGUCCCGGGAGCGGGCACUGCCAGGAGCUGGUGCUGACGGAGGACGAGAAGAAGCUGCUGGCUAAGGAGGGGGUGACGCUCCCCACCCAGCUGCCUCUCACCAAGUAUGAGGAGAGGGUCCUGAAGAAAAUCCGCAGGAAGAUCCGGAACAAGCAGUCGGCUCAGGAGAGCCGGAAGAAGAAGAAGGAGUACAUCGACGGGCUGGAGAACCGGAUGUCAGCGUGUACUGCCCAGAACCAGGAGCUGCAGAGGAAGGUCUUGCAUUUAGAAAAGCAAAAUUUGUCUCUGCUGGAGCAGCUCAAACACCUGCAGGCCCUCGUGGUCCAGUCCACCAGCAAAUCCGCCCACGCCGGCACCUGCGUGGCCGUCCUUCUGCUGUCCUUUGUGCUGAUCAUCCUCCCCUCCAUCAGCCCGUUCGACUCCAGCAAGGCCGACAGCCCUGGCGACUUCGUGCCAGUCCGAGUGUUUUCCCGAACCCUCCACAACCACGCUGCGUCCCGCGUGGCUCCCGACAUCGCCCCAGGCCCCGAGGUCCCAGGCCCCUGGCCGGACGCUGGCACACCCCACACCGGCUCUCCUCCCGGCGGCCUCGGCGCGGACUGGGGGAGUCUCAUGGAAAUGCCAAUGCGGAGCGACCCCACCGGAGAGCUGGACAACGCCACCCUGGUGCUGGUCAACGCCACGGGGGACCUGGGCCGGGCCACCCUGCUGGACUGGGUGGCUCUGGAAUCGCUGCUCAGCCCGGGCCGGGUGGGGCUGGAGAUGCCAGGGCUGGAGAUGUGGCUGGCCUGGGUGCCGAGGUGGCUGAGGGUGCGUCUGGUGCAGGGCGCCCUGGAGGUGCUGUGACAGCCGCAGACAACCCUGGGACUGACCGCCUCCUCCAGAGCCGCCCCCAGACCCAGCGGAGGGGUGCUGGCAGGACCCUGGCCUAGGACAGGAACUAGACGCUCACCUAUGCAGACCCCGACAAACACACACCUGAGCCCUGACCCCCAACCCACGGAGCCCUCCCUAUCCCGUGACCACUGGGAAGACGCAGAGCCUCCGGGACCCGGGCUCCCCAAUACCAGGGCGUGGACUUCAGAGUGGGCCCAGCCCACAAACGCCCAUCUCCGUUUUCCUUUGAGAGACAGGGUCUGGAUGACAGAGGCUGGCCUCGAACUCACGGAGAUCCUCCUGCCUCUGCCUCCCGAGUGCUGGGAUUAAAGGCGUGCGCCUCCACCGCCCGGCUAAGCGCCCCCUUUUCUAAGACUGUUGUGACUGUCAAUAAAGGAUUUUGACAGUA